GCAGAGCCAGUCGUCUCUCGGGUCCAAGCUUGCGCGCGCGCUCGACACGAAGCACGGGGAAUUUCUUAUUUUUAUUUAUUUAGUGAUAUAAGCUCGCUGUGAUGAUUCUUGCGGCGACGCUUACGCUGCUUUUAGCUAUUGGCAGCUGCCAGGGCCGGCACUACGGCAAGGAGAUCGGGGCGCUGUCGUCGCUGCAGCACGGCGUGCGCGGGCGCCUGUACGCCGUCGACUCGCGGACGCUCUUCCUGCAAGACUUCCACUAUGACGGCGUUGGACCUGCUGCGUACUUCUACAUGGGCACGACGAAGUCGGCCAGCGCGGGCGCCACGCGGCUGCGCGACGAGCGCGGCGGCGCGGGCCCGCUGCGCAAGUACCGCGGCGAGGGCAUCACGCUCUCCCUGCCCGAGGGGAAGACGCUCAAGGACUUCACCUGGUUCUCCGUCUGGUGUGACGACUAUUCGGUUAACUUCGGCUCAGUGGACAUCCCCGUUGGGCUGGAGUACCCGAAGCCGGUGAAGGUGGGCGCGCUGCGCGGCGUGCACGGCGUCUCCUCCGACCCCAUCGUCGUGGUCGACGCGCAGACCCUGCUCAUACCCAACUUCUCCUAUGAUGGAGAGGCUCCGGACGCCAAAUUCUGGGUGGGCCGUGGAGAGAAACCGUCACCUGAAGGCAUUCGCAUCCCCGAUGAGAACGGUAAAGAAACGCCCUUGAGGAAAUACGAUAAGAAGACCAUAGUGCUGACUUUGCCUGGGGAGCUGACAGUGUUCGACAUCGGCCACUUCGGCGUGUGGUGCGAGGCGUUCACGGUGGACUUCGGGCACGUGUUGUUGCCGCGCGCCGCGCUCGCCGCCGCGCCGCCCAGCCUGAGGAUGCUCGGCGUGUCGCCGCAGUCGAAGCUGAACUGCGAGGUGCUGCACGACGACCUGGCCUUCGAGGUGCGCUGGGCCAUCGCCGGCGACAGCAUUGUCUUGCAACUCGUCGCUAAAUUGGAGGAGGGCGAGUACAUGUCGUUCGGUGUGUCGGGCGACGCGUCCCGCACGCAGAUGGUGGGCGGCGACGUGGCGGUGGCGUGGCUCGACCACAGCUCGCUCAAGGGGCACGCUGUCGACUACUACCUCGACGCCAAGAGCCAGUGCGCGGGCUCACACGGGUCUUGUCCUGAUGACAACAUUGCGGCGAACACGAGCUCAGUGCGGCUGCUGAACGCGGCGCUGGUGAACGGGUACUCGAUAGUGACGUACCAGCGGCCGCUGCGUGCGGCCGACCGCCUCGACCGGCCCGUGCGGACCGACCGGCCGCAGCCCGUGCUGUGGGCCGUCGGGCCAAGGAACGAGCGGGGGGAGGUGUCCUACCACACGCACUUCACGCAGGGUGACCGUUUCAUCGAAUUUGGUCGAGCACCGCUAUGGAACUGCCCCAUGCCAGAAGGUGAAGACGGAAUGCAACCCACUGCCCCUAGCGCUGAUAGUGCCCCAAGUGUUCCAACCGCAUUGGAAGAAGAGCCAUCCCCAAUAAAGCCGAACCCGGUCCCAACCCCCCGGCCGGUAACAACCCGCGCAGUCCCGUGGGAGAUCCCGGGCAUCUCGUGCUACGAGCCGGCGGACGGCGUGCUGUACGCGCAGAUGGGGCCCACCGGGGGCAGCCAGGGGUACUCCGCUAUCACCGGUCACGUGGGUUGGGGUAUAUCGUGGUACAUCAACGGGUUGUUAAUCCCCGAGAUCACGGUAGUGCGCGGGAAGAAGUACACGUUCGUGGUGGAGGGCGGGUCGGACCCGGCGCAACCCGCGCGGUUCCAUCCCUUCUACAUCACUGACGACCCCGUGGGGGGGUACCAACACAAGAGCGAUGCUGAGAAACAGAACGUGCGCAUAUUCGCGGGCGUGCGUCGCACCCGCAGCGGGGAACUCAUCCCCUCCGGUGUGGGGCGGCUCUGCAACUGGACCCCCGACCCCGAGGGCCCCAGUGCCGACGAGUACCCCAGCUUCGGGGCCUACCAGCGGUCCCUCACGCUCGUGUGCGAGGAGGGCAACCCGGGAGUUGUCACUUGGAUCCCGGAUAAGAACACUCCUGAUACGGUCUACUAUCAGUGUUUCACUCACCGACAUCUCGGUUGGAAGAUCCACGUAGUAGACUCGUGUGACGAGUCGGAGGCUGAGGAGAGCCGCGUUGUGGAGAGCGUUGCUCUGCCGAGUGAUCUCCUCCCACAAGAGUCUAUACAGGUACAGAGCCGCGUCAGACCCGACUCUAACUUUUUAGAUCAGCGCAAGAAAUUCGAGAAAAUAAUCAAUACGAAACAAAAUUAUAACGAUUUCAGUAGCGAUAACGGCGACGACGGCCUCUCGGGCGAAGUGUACCCGGAGCCUGACAGGUACAACGGUAACGAGUAUGAAUUGCCAAUUAGCACCGGACAGAUACAGGACGUCAUACAGGCGGUCGAGAGCUUGGAGGAGACCAUGAAGGAGGAAAUCAAACGCAACUCCACUAAGCCCCAACCGCAGCAGUACCAAGUAUACGAGGAUGUCAAGGAGAGUUUCGUGCCCGAACAUCCGAUACGAGGCGACGAGUACAUCAUAGAUUCGGGCAAAGUGCCCAAUAGCUUCAUGUUGCCGCCGAGCCAGAAGCCACAGACGCUACAUGCAGUGAUGCGCCCCAAUUCUCCCAAUAAACCGUCGGGAAACAUGCGACCGCCGUUCAAAAGACCGACUCCUCCUGAAAUUAAAUUGAGGAGACCGUAUCCUGCUUAUCAAAAGAGCAACACGGGCUACCCUUUGUCCAUGCCUCACCCGCAUAUGAAUCACAUGUCUAAAAAACCGAAUAAGUACUCCAACAAUCAAUAUCGUCCACAUAUGAACGGAAACAGACCCGCCCAGCUCCCACCUAAUAUUCCGCCCAUGAAAGCGAUGCCAUCGUUGCACGGACCGCCUAAAAAUAUGUACCAUCAACAAUCAAAGAACGUACCUAAAGCCCCUAACAAUCUUGGACAACCAAUUAUUAUAGGAAAACCGGCUGCCGCAGGUGCAGUUUUUCCGACUCAAAGCCAAACGUUAAGUUUAGGCCAAACUGAUUUAAUUGCUAAUCAAGUGGUUAAAAGCCAAAUAACGCUACCGGGUCCGAAUGAUGCAGUUGCACAGCAAAGUGCACCGCAACAGUAUUUCAGUAAACCCGGACAAAUAAUACUUGGAAAGCCUAUGGAUAAUCCAUUACCUCUGGACCAACAUAUUCUGUCUCAAAUAAAUCCACACAUCGCACAACCAUCCAAUGACGUUCCAGACUAUCAUUCGCUUCCAACAACACAAGUCAAAAUUGUUGAACAACCUCAAACACAAAAUGAAAUUAAAUCUUCAGACUUUAUGGGUCAAUCGGCGGAUCCUGCAAAUUUCCCGCCUGCCGUUAAUACAGGCUUCAAACCAGAUUCUAUUGUAAUUGAAAGCGGUUUUAAGCCCAUUAUCAGAGAACCUCUAAUGGCAAGCGAAGAUAAAAUAGCAGAAUACGAAGGUAACACCGCUAACAGAAGAGAGGAUACAGACGUAGAAGAAGACUAUGAAGAAUCCCCACAAUACAUAAACACAAACCAUGCAUAUCCUAGUGAUAAAAUGACGGAAUCUUUUGAACCUAUGUUUAUUCCUUCUCCACCUGAUCAUUUAUUAUCAAAUAAAGACAAAACGAAAGAAAUAUUUCCCAGCAAUCACGCUAAAGAAGAUAGACCUCACCCAGUUUAUAUAAAAACAGAAUCUGAACUGAAUGCUUUAUUUAGCAAGAAAAAUAUGGAAAGAGACGUUCCAUCUGAUUUAGAAAUGGAAUCAAAUAGACCAAGACCAAGCUAUUUACCACCAGAUCCAAAACUACCUAAAGAACAUUCUCAAAAGCUAUCCUCUAGCGAUCAAACGUUCACCACCUAUGACGGGAAAACCGUUUCUGCCGCAACAUUAACAAGCUUACCAGAAAUAACAAAAAUGAAUACAAAACUAUUUUCUGCCAAGUUGCCUGCAAAUAGCGAGCUCAUAUUAAAAACACCACAAUUCGGACCAUUCAAGGGUGAAAUUCCACCUCAGGUUAUGGAACAAUUAAAUAAAGAUGGCAACGGCGCUCUUCCCCCAUCUUUUAAGGAUUCAAGAACUACGCAUCUCAAAUUAGUAAAUCCUUUACACAAAUACGAUGAACUCGAAACCGAUUUAAAAGCUGAGGGAAGCGAAAUACAAGAAACAGUGGACAAAGAAACAGUAGAUAGUGACCACGAUAAAAAUGAAGACGAUGACUUGGAAGAAUAUGAAGAUUUAGAUGAGGCUGAACAACAACAGAGAAGGAAACGAGACACAAAAGCGGCGCAAUUCGAACGAGGCGAAGUCGAAGAACAAAAACCAAUAACCGAGUACGGGGGUAAUAAUAACAAAAUACAUCAAAUGGAUUACGAAGACCAGCUCGUAAAAGCCUCUGCAACGAAAGCGAUAGAAAGCUGGGCCGUGCAAAUUAUAUUAUUAAUACUCUGGUUUAGAAUCUGUUAAGGAUGUAAUGUGUAAUAUUUAUUUAUUUAUUGGAUUAAAUUAUUGGCUUGCCAUCAAAUGCAUUUCGUCGAUGUAAGGCUGUGGUGUGCGACAAGUGACUUGCGCCGAGAGCAGCUCCUUGACAUUUCCCACUUCUGUUACCAUUCUUCGCAUUUGCAAUUCAAUACUCUGUUAGGUUAGGUGUUGUAAAUAUUUUCUACUUAAUUAUUUUUAAUAAUAAAUUAGAUUUUAAUUAU